AUGGCUCGUCGCGGUGCGCGAAAAGCUAAGGCUCAAGCCGGGCAAGAACCUAGCGCCGAACACUUCUCAAAGUCCAAGACUCUGCCUGGCUGGGAGUGCGAGAUAUGUCGUCCUCGUCCACCGGUCUUAAACAUCACGCAAGCUCUAGCGCACGAACAGACGGCUGAGCACUCGGCAGCCGUAGCCGCGUGGUGGUCGGGUCCUCUUCAGCCAGACGCUGCAACUUGGGAUGCCCCCGUGCAACCUGAACGCGACUCGCCCGAAGCACGACAACUUCGGGGGCUCGAACACCGCGGGUGGGUAGACAUGGCGGGAGAACGCGUCGGAUUCUGGUUGAGAGGGAUUGAGAGAGCCGAGAGGGGCGAGGAGCCGGAGAGUAUGGACAAGUUUGUGGAGGAUUUGGAGAGAGCGCGGGAGAAAAGGGCGCUCGAUAGUGAUUGGGGUGCGCCGCCGGCCCCCGAUGGGUGGGGAGACGGUGCGAAGUGGUCGAAUGAUGGGAAGAAUGGGUGGGGAGCUUGGGAUCAGGGGGACGCAGGAUGGGGAGAGACGAGCGCUCAGGCAAAGGGCAAAGGAAAGGCACGGGAUAACACGGCUGGACAGGGUAGUUGGGACGCUUGGGACGCUGCUGGACCAUCGCGAGCAACGCCAGUCCAGGACAACCCUGCUGGUCAGAACGGCUGGGACUUAUGGGACCCAAAGGAGCAGGCGAAUGGGGCGAAUGGAACUCCUUUGGGCGCGUCACGGCGCGAUAAUUCAGCAGGACAGAAUGGCUGGGAUCUUUGGGACCCUGUUCCAGACGGCGCAGACCCCUCACCGAUUACGGGAUGGGCUGCCGAUGACAAUCCGGGUGGACAGCACGGCUGGGCGCCAUGGGACCCUACGCAAGCGCACGAUGCCGACGAUGGUUGGGCUGCACAUGAUAGGACAAAUCAGUACGAGUGGGAACCUUGGGAUCCCACAGCAGAAGCGAGCAGGGGAACGACGAUCAAGAAGCCUUCGAAUAAGGCUUGGGCUCAGCCGAAUCUCUGGGUACACCCUGCGGCCAGUCGCGAGUCGAGUCCUGCGAGUGUUGGGAAGGUUGCGCGGCAAAGUAGACGGCAACGGCAACCGUUCUCAAAGACCCAGGUCACGACAGAUCAUCGGCGAGGUUAG